AUGAAUGUCAGUGUAGUCGAAUGUCGUUUAUCACCUAUCGAUGAAAAGAUCAAAUUUAAAUUACCGGGUAUUACAUCGUUCAAUAAUUUUGAAUUUGAUGCAUCUAGUAUUCGUGUACACCGUGCUUGGCAAAUCGGAGAUGGUAAAAAAUUAUUAAAGAAAGACCUCCUUCGGCAAGCGCCAAAAAUUAGUAUACUGGAUUGUGUUAAAUCGCCCUAUUGUAACGACUGGUCAAAUUCGAAAGAAACAACAAGACUAGAAGCCUCGAAAGAAGAAACAGAGAAUGCUAACGAUGAACCAUCGAAUACCAUCGUAUAUGAAUGUAACCAAGAAGGAUGUACACAAGCUAUUAUUCGAUAUCAAAAUUUUAUUAAUCAUUUAUUGAUCGGGAAACAUAGUAUAAAGGAGGAAAAAUUGAAUUUAACUGAUGCAGCUAUGAAAACCUACCACUCAAAAUUAGAAACAGUCGAUAAUCGACAAAUGGUUUCGUUGUUAUUAGAAAUGUCUACGUUUGAUAAGAGCCUGUAUGAACGCAUACCGAUUUUGUUAGAAGGGUGGGCGUUACCAAAACCGCGUACAGUCAUGAAAUUCAACGAUAAACAGAAGCAAUUUUUAACGGAAAAAUUUAAUGAAGGGAUAGAACGAGGUAUAAGAUGGAAACCGGAAGCUGUAUGUUUGGAGAUGAAAAAAAUGAAAUCGAAUGAUGGUCCAUUCAUGUUCUCCAUCGACGAACUGCUCAAAUCGUCUCAAAUUCGCUCCUUCUUCUCUCGGCUUAAAACAUCAUUUACCAAAAGGACAGAUCCUCAAGUUAUUGUAACGAGGUGUGACGAUUCUACACCUGCAUUCGCGAACAGCUCUAAUGACGGAACUGAUGACGACGAAGACGAAGCAUAUAAGGAUGAUAUGGCUCUUCAAGAAAUUAUUGAUCAGGAGAAAGUCGCUUCUGCUUUAAAUGAUGAUGUUCAGACAACAACACGAAAGCGGAUUCGAUCGGAAUUGAAUUUAACUAAACCUAAAAGAUCAUUUAGAUUACAAAACAUUCGAAAAUUCUGA